CUGCAGUAGUUUGUAAUGGAGUUUAAUCUGAGGUAAACUUUUUUCAAAGUCUGUUUAUAGAUCUCAUGAAAAAAAGAUUUAAAUACUAUAUAAUUAACAUGUCAUGCGCGUAAAGGUAAGAAUAUUUAAUGAUCUGUAAAAAAAAUCGAUAAGGCAAAAUAUGAUUCAUUUUACUUCCGAAUUUCCUAGUAUUAAUUUCAAUGCAAGAACAUUCAGAAUUUCAUUACGAAUGUGGUGUAAACAAAUUUAUACUGGGCCUAAUUGGAGUUUGGCCAGAGUCAAAUCAAAAAUUUAUAAAAAGACAUCGCACAUUGGUAGACGCAAUUGUACUUUUUAUAACACUAUGGAUUCCACGCGCAGCUGCUUUUAUUUUACUUUGGGGUGAAAUUGAUGCUUUAGCACAAGCGGGUGCCACAAAUGUACCGAUAGCAUUGUCUGUCGUUAAAUUACUGAUUCUUUACCGACGAAAAAAUGAUUUUACGAGAAUUUUGGAUGAAAUGAAAGCAGAUUGGAAGAAACCAAUGACAAAAGAAGAAUAUAAUGCAGUAAUGAAAAUGGCUACACUAGGAAGAAGAAUUAGUAUUCUUUCAACUUUUCUUACGUUAAAUGCUAUCUGGCUUGGCGCUAUUGUCCAGAUAUUUUAUAAUGUCGAGACGACAAUUGUCGAAAACCCAGACCCACGUUUGACAUUAAAUUUAUUUUGGGUUGUUUAUUUACCUUAUGAUACAUCAAAAACUACAAAUUAUGUCUUAACUUGGCUUGUUCAUUUUUAUACUUCCAUUAUGAGUGCAGUAGUAUAUGGAAGUUUUGAUGGUUUUAUUGUUGUACUUGUUAUCCAUCUUUGCGGACAAUUAGAUUUAUUAAAAAUUUGGGCCCGAAAGUUAGCCGAUCAACCUGACUUAAAAAAUUUUCGCCGUAAAAUUAAAUUUAUUGUAAAUAGACACGAACAAUUAAAUGAAAUAGCUGACACACUUGAAAGUUCAUGUAACUUUGUAUUUUUACCUCAACUAAUGAGCUGUGCGUUAACAUUUUGUUUUCAAGGAUUCGCUAUUGCAACGAAAAUGUUUACAGGACAAUUUAAUCCGUUGCAAAUUGCAUUUGCAUUAUUUUAUACCGGAGUUAUGGUAACUCAUCUUUUUUUUUGUUGUUUGGCAGGUGAACUUUUAUUAUCAAAGAGUCAAGAUCUUGGUUAUGCAACAUAUGAAAGUAAAUGGUAUAAUUUGCCACCAAAAGCUGCUCGAUCACUCAUAAUGAUUUUUCGAAAGAGUACUAAGCCAUUUAUUUUGACUGCUGGUAAAUUUAUGCCACUGACAUAUAAUUUAUUUCUUACAGGUACACUUAAAAGUGAAGAGAUAGCUAUGAAAUUUGACAUCAAGAAAAUGGAAAAUCCAGGAUUUGAGUAUGCUAUUAAAUGGAGUAAAAUAAGUUUGACUCUUCUCGGAAUUUGGCCAAACAUUAAUUACAGUAUAUCACAAAAAAUUAAUGUGGGCUUUGAUGUUAUAUUUUUUAUAACCACAACUUAUUUACCAAAUCUUGGGGCUAUAAUUCUUAUGUGGGGUGACAUUGAUAGUAUGGUUCAUUUACUUUCUUAUAAUAUGGCAACAGCUGUUUCGAUAAUGAAAUAUAUUGUUUUUUACAAAAAAAGAAAUGUUUUAGCGUCACUUAUUGAAUUUAUGAAAGAAGAUUGGAUUAAUGCAGAGUCUUCUGGAAAUGUCAAUAAAAUGAUGAGCAAUGCUAAGAUUGGCCGAACGUUAGCUUUCAUCUCUAUAGUGUAUACUCCGAUCACUAUUUUUUUAUACAUUACUGUUGAGAUUCAUUUAAAACCAGCGACAAUGUUUUUAUACGGACAAAAUCCAAAAAUUUUAACCAACAUUGUUUGGCCAAGUUAUUUGCCUUUCAAUUUGUCAAUAUAUACUCUCGAAUUAAUGAGAGUUUGUCAAGUUACUGGAUUAUUGGGUGCAUCACUUGUUUAUGGUACAUUUGAUACAUUUUUGGCAGUGCUUAUUCUCAACCUUUGCAGCCAAUUGUCUAUUGUUCGAAAUCAAUUACGUCAUAUCUGCUCUAAUUCAAAAGAUACGGCAUUGACUAAAUAUGCAUUUGAAAAAAAACUUCGGACAAUUAUUCAAAGACAUGAGCAUCUUAUGAAAAUUGGAGAAACGAUAGAAGAAACUUUUAAUUUAGUGUUACUUCCUCAAUUGAUGUGUUAUACCUUGAAUUUUUGUUUCCAAGGGUAUUCUAUGUUAAUGAGUAUGGCUAAAAUGAAAGUUUCAUUUUUACAAAUGGCAUUUUUUAUAAGUUACGAUACUAAUACAUUGUAUCACUUAUUCAUUUUCUGUUGGAUGGGCGAAUUACUUUACAAUGAGAGUAUAAGCGUUGGUUACGCUUAUUACCAAAGUUUGUGGUACAAUUAUUUAAAUAUAAACAUUAAAUUAUUUAUGUUUAUUGGAUAUAGGUGUUCUCGACCACUUCGAAUUUCAGCUGGAAAAUUUGGUUAUUUUUCAUUUAAUUUAUUCGUGGCUGUAAUUAAAACGUCUGUUGGAUAUUUAUCGAUGUUGAGAGCUGUACAGAGUCGAAAAUAAGAAUUUUCAUUUAUACUAUUGUAAAUGGUCUUAUAAAUAUGAUAAUUAAUAAGAAAUAAAUUAC